AUGAACAAUUAUAAUACAAUAUUUAUACAGCAAUUAGCUCCAUUUGUAAAGAUACAAUUGGAUGAUGAUAUUAAGGAUUUACAAUUGAUAACAGAACUAAAAAGAAACUUAAAAUUACAUGAUAUUUCAAAUAAGCCAUGGGAUAAUUCAAUAAUAAAGAAUAGAUUAUCAAGUAAUAAAUACAUUAUAGAUAUUACAGAAGGGUCAGAAUUAAAAAUACCGAAAAAAUUGAAAUUGGAGAAUGUUCAUUCUAUACGGUCACCAUUUAAUAAAGAUUCAUCGAUCUUUCCAAAUGGGAUACUAACUCACGAAUGGCUAGAGAAAUAUAUCCACCAAUACCCUUUCCAAUUCAUAUAUGUGCUCAAUUAUGAUAAUUUGGAUAUCACAAGAAUAAAACAACUCAAAAUUGAUUUAAAUAAAAUUAGUGCUAAAUUAACACUCAUUUUAAUUUCAUCAACUAUUCCCAAAGAGACAAACCUAAAUAAUCUUAGACUUGAAUUGGAUCUACCUAAAUUAACAGGGUUGAUAUUCUUACAUAAUGAAGAACUAACGAUUGCAAGAGACGUAGAAGUAUUAGUCAAUUCAUUAUUGUCUAAUUUGAAAUCAAAUUCAGUUGAAUUUUAUAAUAGUUUGGAGUAUAAGAUAAAACAAAGGUAUAAGAAAUAUUACAAUAUGCCAUCCGAUUCAGAAAAUGUGGAUACAGCAAUUGAAUUAACUCCAUUUUUCUUAGAGACUAGAAACUUAAUCAAACAGUCAUUCACAGUCCAAUUUAUAAAUCCAGCAAAUAUGGAACCAAGUAUAAAACUACUUGAAAUAAGUUAUCAAAACUUAAUUCAAAUUUUAAACUCCACAUACCUGACAAAUUCGAGUCCUCAUGAUGAGAAACUCUUUGGUCAAAUUAGAGUUUUAUUAGAUAUUGUUGCUUUUCAUAUUGUUAGAGGUUAUUUUUCAUUAGAAGAACCAUUGAGGGCAUUAAAAAAACAUAAAACUCAUAUUAUUAACGUCAUUGAUUGUGUUGGAAGUGACGAGAACUUAAGUUGGAUUUCAAUCCAAUAUGAAUGGUUAGGUCAAUUAAUGUUAUUAAUUCCAUAUUCAAUAAUUACAAAUUUACAUACUACAUUUUUAAACAAACCAAGGAAUAAAUUGAAUGUUUUGUCAUAUUUCGGUGGUGUACAUUUACCUGAAUUUGAUCUAAUUACAAAUCCAGGAUUAAUUUAUUUAAAAGCAUAUAUGAAUGCAGACAAUACUACAAAAAGGAUAGAAUUAUUGAAUAAUGCAAUUGAAGCACUAGAGGAGAUUAAACAUGAUGCAUUACAGAAGGCUUCUAUUUCAGGUAAUGAUAAUUUGAAGUCUUUAGUUUCUUAUAUUAAUUGGCUACUCGGUGAAGAAUAUUAUAACCAAAAGGAUUUUAAAAAAGCAAGUGAUUUUUAUGAAUUUAGUUUUAAUUUAAUGGAUAAAAAUUGGAAAAAUAUAGCAAGUUUAAUACUUGAAAAAUUAUUAAAAUGUUACAAAAGCAUAAAUGAUAAACAAUUACAAUUAAAUACGAUAUUAAAAUUACUGACACUAAAUGAAUCGACGAAUUUUGAAGCCAUUGAUAUAGAUGAGAACUUAGAUCUUGAAUUAAUUGAAGAUAAGACUAAUAAAGUGUUUGAUGUUGAUGUAUUAUUAAUCAAUAAAGAUUAUAAACUAGAAACUAGUGUGUUGGACGAUUCAUUAUUACAAAUUGAGAUUAAUUCUAAUAUAGAUAUAAUUAAAUUAGUAAGUUAUUUUGUGAAAGAUACUGAGAUAGGUAUUGUCAUAAAUCAAAUAGAUGUGAAUUUCACUCGAACUGAUGGAAAGUCAAACAUGCCAGGAUUAAAAAACAUCACUAUAACAAAUGACAACACAAAAGACAGUCAUCAAAUAUCAAACUUAAAUGAGUCUGAUCAUUCCAUGAACUUAAGUAUCACAGAUUCUAAAACUAUUCAAUAUGUUCAAAAAGUUACAAAUCCAGGUUUAUUUGAAAUUGAUUCCAUAAAGUUACAAAUCACAAUUAGUAUAAAACAUAAAGACAAAACCAUCAAUUUAAACAAGAUAGAGAUAUACAACAUUUUCAGAUCAAAUUAUACUAGACUAUUAAAACAAGAAAUCAAUGGUAAGAUCAUGGAUAAAAAGAUUAGAUUAUCGGAGGCAAGUAAUUCAAUUAGAGUACAUCCUAUAAAACCAGAUAUUUCAAUAUCAUUAACAAGUAAAGAAACUCCAGUAUAUAUCCCCGGCGAGAAAUUAUCACUCCCAUUCAACGUCGAAUACAAGAACAAAGAAUUACAAAAGAAAGCAUUCUUAGUCUCUGCGAUCAAAAAUGAUAAUAUAAUUUCAAAUUGGGAUAAUUAUAAAGAUGAUGAACCGAUUGAUCUUUUAAAAACAAAUCAGACACAACAUAAUUUAAAUAUAUUCACGAGAUCAAUAACUUCCGAUGAGAUAAUUAUAAAUUUUAAAGUCAUGACUGAUGUUGAUUCAGAAGAAGAUGAUAUAAUCUACGACAUUGAAUCAAUACAGAUCCCAGUUCUUCAAAACUUGUUCAAGUUCGAAUAUUUAAUAACUCCAACAUUUCGAGAUUUGGUUAAUGAUAUGCCAUCACCAUUCAUUAUAUCUAAUGAAGCUCAUCAGAUGCCUAUCGUAGUUAGAUUAUGGCAAUCACAUUUGAAACUAACCCCAUCCAUACCUAUUGAUAUUACAGAUAUUGACUUUAAUAUAAUUUCAAAAAAUCCAGAACUACUCAUAGAUUUAAAAGAUAAAGAGACGGCAGAGCAUCAAUUAUUUACCACUAGGUCAAAGAAUGGAUUCAGUCACCGAAAUGUUACAAUUACAACAUCAGCAAUUAUAAAAUGGAAGAGAAAAGAAGAUAAUGAAAAUGUAGUUAAUGAAUAUGAGACAGACGAAUGGGAUGUUACUUUGACUUUAUCUGAUCCGAGAGUAUUAUUAAGAGUAGAAAAAGGCGAAACAGAGCAUGAUUUUAAAAUUGAAUAUGUUUUAGAAAAUCCAACUCCUAGGAUUUUUAACUUCACUACUCAAUUAAUUGAUACUAGUGAUUGGGAAUGGAAUGCUGAUAAAAAUAUAACUCCAUUAGUACAAUCUAUUCCAUUCCCCGUGUUGCCUUUUACUCGAUUCCAUAUGAUUUAUUACGGGAAAUAUUUGAAUGAGAUAAGUGAUGGGUUGAUUAGUUUGCCUCAGUUUAAAGUGUUUGAUGUUCAAUAUAAAGUUGGGUUGUUGUCGUUGCCUACACAAAAUAACAUCAUAAUUAAAGAUAAAGAAUUAUAUUAUAAAAUUUAA